CGCGCUGACGUCAGGAAACUUUCUGGGCGGCUGAGGCGUGAGCCGGGCGCCGAGGCAGCGGGCCGCCUCCAUCCUCUGCAGGUUAAAGUGUGUCAGGAGGAAAACCUACCAAACCCCGAAACACUGUUGAGUAGAUAGACUUUCAACAUGAACCGUGCAUUUAGUAGGAAGAAAGACAAAACAUGGAUGCACACUCCUGAAGCCUUAUCAAAGCAUUAUAUUCCCUAUAAUGCAAAGUUUCUUGGCAGUACAGAAGUGGAGCAGCCCAAAGGCACAGAAGUUGUAAGAGAUGCUGUUAGAAAGUUAAAGUUUGCAAGACAUAUCAAGAAAUCUGAAGGCCAGAAGACACCUAAAGUUGAGUUACAAAUCUCAAUCUAUGGUGUAAAAAUUCUAGAUCCAAAAACAAAGGAAGUUCAACACAAUUGCCAACUCCAUAGGAUAUCAUUUUGUGCUGAUGAUAAAACUGACAAGAGGAUAUUUACUUUCAUAUGCAAAGACUCAGAAUCAAAUAAGCAUCUGUGCUAUGUAUUUGACAGUGAAAAGUGUGCCGAAGAGAUAACUUUAACAAUUGGCCAAGCAUUUGACUUAGCUUACAGGAAAUUCCUGGAAUCUGGAGGAAAAGAUGUUGAGACAAGGAAACAGAUCGCAGGUUUACAGAAAAGAAUUCAAGAAUUAGAAACUGAAAACACAGAACUGAAGAAUAAAGUUCAAGAUUUGGAAAACCAGUUAAGAAUAACACAAGUGCACGCACCUCCACUGCUGCACAUAAAGUGUGAUAAUGAUGAACAUAUGUUUCAAAGACCCUCUACUUUUUUCUGGUGUAACAAUGAGGAUUCACCACCUCCUUGUUUAGAUAUCUCUUCCAUUACGCUUACUCCUAGGAGUUCUCCUGACUCUAGACUACCAGCUGGAUUGUUAAUACCACCACCUUCAAAAAGUGGUCUUCCAAAGCCAUCCAGUGAAUACAGUUGUCCAAGACCUCGUGCAGGCUGUGUGACACCUAAAUCGCCCUCCACUGACAUCUUUGAUAUGGUUCCCUUUUCUCCCAUAUCCCCUCAGUCAUCAACACCUACUCGCAAUGGUACACAGCCUCCUCCAGUACCCAGUAGAUCUGCAGAGAUCAAGAGAGACCUUUUUGGGGCAGAACCUUUUGACCCUUUUAGCUGCGGAGCAGGAGAUUUCCCUCCAGACAUUCAGUCCAAGCUAGACGAGAUGCAGAAAUGGGGCUUGGACAGUUUAUGGGACUGGACACUGUCAGGGAUAGCAAGAAAGGGAUUGAUCAGGUCAUUCAAAUUGCCAAAGAUAAAUCCUUCAUGUGGCAUAAAGAGUUGUAUUUUAUUUUGGCUUCCCUUUUGGAAAGAAGGAAAGGAAAAAGAUGGUGCCCGAAGUCUUCUCGCACUUCUUGAGCAUUUAUGGCUAAGUGAGGAUUACACAAGGGCCGCCAGCCAGCAGAUUUGACACAUUUGCAGUCCACAAGAACAG